UAUAAGUAUUCGGGAUUAUGUAAAAUAUAGGUUGGCGUUAAGAAAACACGAGGAUUAUCAUAAUAUUUGGAAUUCUGGGGGAGGUUUAAGCCAAAAGUACGCUUUAGAUUAUAAUGCUAGAAUUGAUUCGGACGUAGCAAAUUAUUUACGUAAUGAAGACAUGGAUUUACGCGGUACUAUCGGUCCUGAUGCUCUUAGGUGGUUACAAAGGGACUCUGGUGCUAAUUCUAUUGCUGAUUUAGGGCAUGUUGUAUUGUUUAGAGCUUAUCACCCAGGGACACGACCAUAUUUUCAGGACAUGUUUUACGACGCCACUACUCUUAUGGCUAAAGUACGUAAACCUGAAAACUCCUCCUUCAUGUUCACUUUUACGAGUAAUCCGCGCUGGCCUGAAACGAAAAGAAAUUUAUUUUAUAAAAAUCAGAAAAGCGUUGACAGAUUUGAUAUCAUUUCUCGUGUAUAUGAAGACAAAUUAA